AAUAAAUAAAUAUAAUAAAUUGAAUUAAAAAUGCCACCAAAAAAAGCAGCAGGUGCUAAAGCUGGUAAAGCAAAAGGUGGUGGUGAUGAUGGUGAUAAAGGAAAAGGUGAAAAAAAAGGAGCAAAUUCAGUAAAGGUCAGACAUAUAUUAUGUGAAAAACAAUCAAAAAUACUUGAAGCAUUGGAAAAAUUAAAAGCUGGACAAAAAUUUAAUGAAGUUGCUGCAGCAUACAGCGAGGAUAAAGCACGUUCAGGAGGUGAUCUUGGUUGGAUGACAAGAGGUUCAAUGGUUGGUCCAUUUCAAGAUGCAGCAUUUGCAUUACCAAAUUCAACUUUGGGAAAUGCAAUUUACACUGAUCCACCAGUUAAAACAAAACAUGGAUAUCACAUUAUAAUGGUUGAGGGUAAAAAAUAAUAGCUAAAAAUGUUUAACAACAAAAAAGGUACAUUAAAAAUAAUAAUUAUGUAAAUAAUAUGGUUUUUUUUUUUAUUGAAAAUACACACACACAAGAUGAUGAUAAUAAUUAAAAUUAAAAUUAAGGGUAGAAUUUUGUAUGAGGAAAAAAAAAAGGCAUCAAGUUACAAGUAUCAAUAAAGACAUGAAAAAAUAAUAGUAUUGUCAACUUUAAAAAUGAUUUAGCAAUAACAAAGGGAAAAAAAAAAUGAUAAAUUAUAUUAAAAUUAUGCAUUUUUUUUUUUUUUUUAAACUCAACAAUUUUCAAUAAAUAAACUGCCUUAAUCAGUCACUGUUAAAAAAUAAACAUGAAUAUUGUAGAUUUGUUAAAAUUUUAAAUCAUUAAAGACGAAUAUUUGGAUUUGUAAAUUGAACAUAAUUAAGAAGUGAUUGAUUAUCCUCGCAAACCCAUGGUUUUUUAUGAUGACAAGCAACAUCAUGCCAAUUGACA